UCUCUCACUCCAGAAAGCUAGAGAGAACCGAAACACCAUCAUCAUGGUGGCCUUUCCUCCUCCUCCCACUCGUCUUCUUCUCAUUCGUCAAAAUUACUCCGUCAAAACUCUCACCCAGUAAUCCCACACACCCAUCUAUUAAUACCCACUUGCCAAAAUCCAAAAGAUUUAAUCCAAAAAACAAUGGAUCUUGACGAGUGGGAAUUCCUCCCCACUGAUGGCUUCAUCGAUUUCGAUCAAGAUCGGGAUCACCCUCAACCAAAAAACUUUGUGGGUAAACGAGAUAAUACCCAACCUAAAUCCAUGUUGAACAUGGAUUACUUCAUCUGUCCUUCCUCACCUCCUUCCAUCCCUAAUCAAAUUGUUCGCCUUCCCCUCCUCCCUGAUGAUGAUCAUCAUACGGCGUCGUUUCCCAAACAAAUCACUAACCUGCCUACCCAACCGACACCACCCUCCGCCGAUCAGAUCAUCAUCAACCCUCCUCCGAAAAUGAUGGGAUCUGUUGAAGCUGAGUCUGAUCAAGAUGGGGUUUCGCAGGUUUUCUUCAAGAAGAAGGAGAAGGACCAAUUAGCCGACAUGAAAAUUGAGAAGAAGGAAAAUGAUCAAUUAGCCGACAUGAAAAUUGGCUCGCCGAGAGCCGCUGUGGGUAGAGUGAUUCUGCCUCAGAUUGACAGUGUUCCACUCAAAUUUGAUAGUGAUCAGACCAUGGAGAGUAAGAUCUGUGGUAGUAGUCCCCGAAAGGGGGUGAAAGGGGAACGGGAUGAGUUGGAUUGUUGUGAUGGUAACGAUGGUGGGUUUGACUUGUGGAAGUGGAGUUUGACUGGGAUUGGAGCUAUUUGCUCGUUUGGGGUUGCAGCUGCUACCAUGUUUAUUGUUAUUUUGGGAACUAAUAAUCACAGAAACAAACAGCUGCAGCACACCCAGAAGCUUAGGUUUGAGAUUUAUGAUGACAAGCAGAGGAUUAAGCAAGUGGUGCAGCAGGCAAGCAAGCUGAAUGAAGCAAUUUUUGCAGUAAGAGGAGUGCCCAUAAACAGAGCUCCAAUAUCAAUUGGUGCUCACUAUGAUGGUCUUUAAGGCAAUGGAAUAUUGGAAUUGGAUGGAGCUGGCUGUGAUGGAUUAAUUAGUUAAAUAAAUAAUUAAGCUAGUUUUUUGUGGAUUUAUUAUUAAUUAAUCAAUUAGUCAAAUAGGGUCUUUUCAGUUUUGUACAUAAUAAUAUGCUACCUAUGCGUGUGUGUUUGUGUGUGUAUAUAUAUAUAUAAAAGGGAUUUGCAUGUUAGGGUGCGUUUGUUAAUGUUUGAGUUUAUUAGUAAUUAUGUAUAGAUUAGAUAUUAAAGGCACUUAAUUAAAAGUUUGGCAAUAACUUUAUAGUUGGCUUUUA